AGAGAGAUCGUCAAUUAGAAACAUCCACACGCUCGAAGUCCAACAACUAAUCCUCAACUCACCUCUCUAGUACUCAUCUCUAAUGGCAAGGCCUCCUCUUUCUCCCACCUCCGUCUCCUUCCGUCCAAGACUAAUUUCCCCCAUUACUCGCCUCCUCCUCUUCCUCCUCCUCAUCACUCUAACAUUUACUUCGAAUUGCCGACCUUACGACCCCUCGCUUCCCCGUGAAAAAACCCUCCUCUUCUCCAAUGAGUCGGCAUUCAAGAUCGCGCUGUUCGCAGACCUCCACUACGGGGAGAACGCCUGGACCGACUGGGGUCCCGCACAGGACGUCAAUUCCGACCGGGUCAUGGCGACCGUGCUCGAUCAAGAGACGCCAGAUUUCGUGAUCUAUCUUGGUGACGUUAUUACUGCAAACAAUCUUCCAAUUCCAAAUGCAAGCUUAUACUGGGGCCGGGCUAUUUCUCCUACGAGAAGCAGAGGAAUUCCUUGGGCUACAGUAUUUGGAAACCAUGAUGACGCACAAUUUGAGUGGCCAUCUGAAUGGUUUUCUGCCACUGGAAUUCCACAAGUGCAAUGUCCUCACGAAAACAUCUCAAUUUCAGGAGAAGAAUGUACUUUUAGAGGGACAACACGUGUGGAAUUGAUGGAGGAGGAAAUUAACAGCAAUGUUCUAUCUUAUUCAAUGAACGGUCCUAGGGAACUUUGGCCCAGUGUUUCCAACUAUGUAUUGCAAAUAUCUUCAUCCAAAAACCCAGAUUCACCAGCUGUAUUCCUGUAUUUCCUUGAUUCUGGUGGUGGUUCCUAUCCAGAAGUCAUAUCUAGUGCUCAGGCUAAAUGGUUCCAGAAGCAAUCACAGGCAAUUAACCCUGACGCAAGGAUCCAUGAGAUUAUCUUUUGGCAUAUACCAAGUAGAGCAUACAAGAAAAUAGCUCCUAUGCGUACUUUUGGAUUACGCAAACCAUGUGUUGGUUCUAUCAACAAAGAAAGAGUGGCUUCCCAAGAAGAUGAAUGGGGGAUAAUGGACAUUCUUGUAGAUAGGCCUUCUGUUAAGGAGCUGGGUGCGCUGGAACCAUGCAAUCAUGUCUAGAACUGCUGAGGCUUUCGCAUACAAUAUUUGCAUACGAUAAGUGUACAACAAUGUUUAUUUUUUGUUGAGAAAAUACAUAUACAACAAUGUAUAAAAUGGAGAUGACGCAAGGAGAGAGCUCAAGAUGGGUGGGAUGGGGAAAAGAAGAUGAGAGAGAUGAGGGAGAAGAGAGAAGGGAAGGUGAAGGAACAGGGUGGGAGCAGGAAGAGAGAGAGAAGUAUGGACUGCACCUGGUGGGUUAAGUUUUGGACAAGUACAUGAACUUGGCUUGAAGAUUAAUUAGGCCCCGUUUAAAUGGCCCAAGCCCGACCUGAACCAAAGGUGGGCCGCUUGGGCCGGGCCAGCCUGGCUGGGGCUUAGUUCCAACCCUAUGUGUUGAUGUUUCCAGUGGUCGUGGCCUCUCAUUGUAUUUGUCAAUUGUCGGAUUUGAGCAUAUUCCAUUUCUUAUAUACCCCUUCCAUAUAUUUAUUAUGAUCAUAUAUCUCUUUUUUG